AUGAUAUUCAACGCCAUCUCCAUUAUUGCAGCCGUUCUGGCCAUGUCUCCUACUGCAGUUUCUGCGCCGACUAAUCAGACGAAGCCAGGCGCUGAACUCAGCAAAGCCGCUCGUCUGCGCAUGGCUGAUAGGCACCGAUACAGUAUCUUGGCUGAUGACAAGGACUUUGUCUUUGAUCUUGGCCAGAACGGCUUCCAGUCCAUUGCGAACCGCCAGACGUUUCCCGCCAUGGUCGGCACAGGCACCAGCAUCGCAGCCGCCAGGUUUCCCGGUUGCUCCAUCAGCAAGCUGCACAUUCACCCCCGCGCCGCCGAGAUGCUCGUCCUCCUCUCCGGGCGGCUCGUCACCGAGACAAUCCCAGAGCUCGGCGCCGCCGCCGCCGCCGGAGCUGCUGACGGGCAGACGGUGCAGCAGCAGCAGCAGCGCGUCAUCCGCAACGAGCUGGCGCCCAACACGCUGACCGUCUUUGACCAGGGCGCGCUGCACACGCAAAUCAACCCAGAGUGCGACGACGCCACCGCGCUGACCGUCUUCUCGGCCGAGGACGGCGGCUUCGGCUUCGUCGCCGACCAGGCGUUUGCGCUGCCCGACGACGUCAUUGCCACGCAGCUGGGCGACGCCAUCUCGGGCGCGGACAUUGACAGGAUUCGCGCGGCGCUGCCGGCGGGCGUGGCGGCGCAGAUUGAUGCGUGUGUGGAGAAGUGCAAGAUUGAAAAGCGGCAUUUCUAA